AUUUCCCCGUGGCCGCCUUUGUGUCCCCCGUGGCCGCAUCGCCACCUCCCCCGUGUCCCCGUGUCCCCGCCUGCCCAUGUCCCCGUGUCCCCGCACUCCCGUGACACCCUGUCCCCGUGUUCCCGUGUGCCCACAUGCGCAUCACCACGUUCCUCGCGUCCCCGUGUCCUCCCAUCCGCAUGUCAGUGUCCCCACAUCCUGCUGUCCCCAAAUCCGCCCAUCCCCGUGUCCCCAAACUCCCACUGUCCGUGUCCCAAUGUCCCCAAAUUCCCACAUCCCAGAGUCCCUAAAAUCCCAAUGUUCAUGUCCCAAUGUCCCCCAUCCCUCUGUCCCCACGUCUUCGUGUCCCCACAUCCUCCUGUCCCCAAAUUCCCACAUCCCAAUGUCCCCAAAUCCAGUGUCCACGUCCCCCUGUCUCCCUGUCCCCCUGUCCCCACAUCCCAAUGUCCCCAAAAUCCCACUGUCCAUGUCCCAAUGUCCCCAAAUCCCCACAUCCCAGUGUCCCCCUGUCCCCACAUCCCAGUGUCCCCAAAAUCCCAGUGUCCAUGUCCCCCUGUCCCCAUAUCCCAAUGUCCUCAAAAUUCCACUGUCCAUAUCCCCAAAUUUCCACAUCCUAGUGUCACCCUGUCCCCCUAUCCUCCUGUCCCCAAAAUCCCACUCUCCAUGUCCCAAUGUCCCCCCUGUCCCCCUGUCUCCUUGUUCCCCCGUCCCCCACAUCCCAAUGUCCCCGAAAUCCCAUUGUCCAUGUCCCCCUGUCCCCAAAUCCCCACGUCCCACCAUCCCAAUGUCCCCAAAAUCCCACUUUCCGUGUCCCAAUGUCCCUCUGUCCCUCUGUCCCUCUGUCCCCCACAUCCCAAUGUCACCCUGUCCCCAUAUUCCCCUGUCCCCACAUCCCAAUGUCCCCAAAGUCCCACUCUCUGUGUCCCAAUGUCUCAACGUCCCAAUGUCCUCACAUCCCAAUGUCCCCAAAGUCCCACUCUCUGUGUCCCAAUGUCUCAACGUCCCAAUGUCCUCACAUCCCAAUGUCCCCAAAGUCCCACUCUCCGUGUCCCAAUGUCUCAACGUCCCAAUGUCCUCACAUCCCAAUGUCCCCAAAAUCCCACUCUCCGUGUCCCAAUGUCCCUCUGUCCCCACAUCCCAAUGUCACCCUGUCCCCACAUCCUCCUGUCUCCACAUCCCAAUGUCCCCAAAAUCCCACUCUCCGUGUCCCAAUGUCUCAACGUCCCAAUGUCCCCACAUCCCAAUGUCACCCUGUCCCCGCAUCCCAAUGUCACCCUGUCCCCACAUCCUCCUGUCUCCACAUCCCAAUGUCCCCAAAUCCCCACUCUCCGUGUCCCAAUGCCUCAAUGUCCCUCUGUCCCCACAUCCCCGUGUCCCCAAAUCCCCACUCUCCGUGUCCCAAUGCCUCAACGUCCCUCUGUCCCCACAUCCCCGUGUCCCCAAAUCCCCACUCCGUGUCCCCAGUGUCCCCCUGUCCCCAUCAUUCGGGGUCACUCCGCUCCCUUCCCGAGCGCGCCCCUGACCCCGCGCUGCCCCCGCCAGGUGUCGCCGCUGUAUCGCGACUCCGUCGCGGCUCUGUCGCGGCUGUCGCGGCGGUGUCGCGGCCAUGGCGGGGCUGCUGCCGGCGCUGGUGGCGGUGUCGCAGAAGGCGGCCGAGGUGGCGCGGCGCUGCCGGGCCGAGGAGCCGCUGUUCCGGCUCCUGGUGGCCGAGAAGUCGGGCCCGGAGCGCAGCGCCCGCUUCGAGCGCGACUUCAAGACCCUGGCGGAUGUGCUGAUCCAGGAGCUCAUCAAACACGACCUGGGGACACAGUUCCCCGAGCUCCGGGGACACAUCCACGGCGAGGAGAGCAGCGAGUUCAGGGACGCCAACGGUGGCACGGUGACAAUCCAGGUCGGUGCCACCCCGGCGGACACGGUGGCCCUGCUGGUGGCCGUGCUGGGCCCCGAGCACACGCGGGCGGCCGAGCUGCUGGCAGAGGCCGUGCACCAGGAGGUGACACUUGGGGACACGGAGCUGGAUGGCAUCGACCCCGGCUUGUCCCCAGGGGACCUCGGGAUCUGGAUAGACCCCAUUGACUCCACCAACGAGUUCAUCGGGGGCCGCGAGGACGUGGCCGCCGUCGAUGGCGUCGCCCCCGGGGGGCUGCGCUCGGCCCUGGUGCUCGUGGGGGCCUUCGAGCGCCGCAGCGGGGUCCCCGUGCUGGGGGUCAUCAACGAGCCCUUCUUCCAGAGGGACCCCCAGACACACAGGUGGCAGGGUCGCUACCACUGGGGGGUGGCUCACGGUGCCACCCGCCUGUGCUCGCUGUCCCCGCCC